UGUUACUCCCCUUUCAUAAAAUUCGCACAGGGUCUUACAACGCAUCAACCGCGCACGCGUGACAAUAGAAAAGCAUAAAGAGCUCUGCUUCUCAAUAAGAAGCGUGACAAUAGACACCGCCACCAUGGAAGAUAUCCAGGCCAAGGCCGAGGAGCUCCGUCUCCAACUCUCCUCCCUCCACUUCAACUCUGCAGCUCCACCUCCUAACCAAGACUUAUAUAAUAAUAAUACUGAGAACAAUUUUGGUGAUGGCCAAGAAGUGUUCUACGACGACGACGGUUUGCUUUUCAAUAUUGGGUUCGGAAAUGUGAUCGUUGUUGAUAACCUUCCGAUUGUGAAGGCGGAGAUGGCCCAGCAGCUCGAAAGCGAAAUCCGACGAGUGUUUAGUGAAGUUGGUGUUAUUAAAGAAGAUGGGUUUUCGAUGCCUCUUAAUCCCCUGAACCAGAAAACCUUGGGUCGUUGUUUUAUAGAGUUCAGUUCUCGUCAGGAAGCUGAACUUGCUAGGGUCAAGAGAGAUGGAUACAAUUUCAGUACACAAGCGCUGUCAGUAACCCUGUAUGAUGACUUGGACAGGUUCAUUGAUAUCACUGAUGUGGGGACAACACCAGAAACUAAUCCAUCCGCUUGUUUGUCCUCAAGGUAUUCAGGGCCACCAUCCUUACUCAGUCCCUUGAAAGAGGAAGAUGAAGUACCUGGAGAAGAACGUCAAGAAGACCAAGGCAGAGAACUGGGACAAGAUUUAGGGGAAGUCACUGCAUCAAUGGGAGUGAUGGGUUUUGGAGGAGAAUGAUAGAAUGAGGUAUGGAAAUGCGCAUGAAAAUUUAAAGGGAUGAAGAUUCCAAUGAAGGGAAGGGAGACGUGCUGAAAUCAAUUGAAUUUCAAGUGCUGUAAUUUUGAAGAUUACCUCCGGGCCGGAUUUACUUACGAGUGAAUAUACGGAAAAUUUUCAUCCCAUGUUGCUCAACCAGCCUCAUACAAUUGCUUUCGUCUGCCAUUUAGUAAAAUGUCUUGCAUUCGUCGACCAAAUCAUCCAACGAAAUCGUCUGGUUGUCAUUGAUGUCAUGAUGAGCCUUUAAAAGUAAUCCAAGAAAAUCACUCCCUUUCAUCUCCAGACAUUGCCUUCUUUUCUCUUUUCUUAACACUCUCUAAGCUUCUCCAUUUCAAUCACAUCGCUGGUUUUAACAACUAAACAUGAGAUCAGAAAUUUUAUCUUUUCUCGUACACACGCUUUCAGGAAUUUUUCCUUUUCUAGUACGCGUUUAGGAAUUGGGGGGCUUCGGUUCUCCAAUUCAAAAAGAUUCAAAAACGCAGAAGGCCAAGAGGGCAAAAGAGUAAAACAACACAUAAAAUCAUUCGAAUAAUCCUACUAGGAAUAGGAAAUAAUUCGAGUAAUCCUACUUGGAAUGGGAAAACCAAAUAAAUCCCUCGCUCGGUCUGUCUAUAAAAGCACAUCUCACCAGCACAUCGUUUCCUCAAAAUCAAAUACUCUUAAACUCCUCUGAAGAUGUCGUGGUGUAUGCAACUGGUGAAGCGUGCUAAUUACAAGGCUACAGUGAGAGAUCCUGGGACUCUUGGGGUUUUAACUAUGACGGAGAACAAGUUUGUGUUCAGCCCAAACGUUCACACGUCCACCGCCGCGAAACCGGCGCUCGAUGUGGAGUUCAAACAAAUUACAUGUCUCAAAAACACUAUGGAGGGAGGAGAUAGACCACCUUGGCUUCGUCUCAGUGAGAAGGACAAAACUUACAUCUUUGAGUUUGCAAGUUUUCGUGAUCUUCAUGUAUGCCGAGAGUUUGCAGCCAAUGCGCUUGCUAAGCGUGGAGAAGCUGCAAUACCUCCUUGUUCUUCUGAUGAACAAAUCUGUACAGCAGAAAUAAUGCACCGUAUGAAGUUAGUACAAGAAAGCAGUGAAUUGCACAAACUUCAUAUGCAGUAUGUAAUGAGUGGUGUCCUAACUGAAGCUGAGUUCUGGGCAGCUAGGAACAAGUUUGGUGAUGUAGAUAGCCGUCCAAAGCCAAAGCAACGGGUUGGUUUCAGAAACUCAAUGAUAAUGGACACCAAACCCAUGACGGAUGGCCGGACAAACAAGGUUACUUUUAGUUUGACUGCAGAGAUUAAGUAUCAGAUUUUUGCCCUGAAACCAGCCGUUCAGCAGGCAUUUCUUGCUCUGGUUCCCAGUAAGACUACGGAAAAAAACUUUUGGACGAAGUAUUUCCGAGCUGAAUACCUCCGAAGCACAGGGAAUGCUGCUGCAGCUGAAGCAGAAGCCGCCGAUGAUGAGGAACUGGCAAUGUUUUUGAAGGAGGAUGAGGUAUUGGCGAGGGAAGCUCGUCAAAAGCUUCGACGGGUUGAUCCAACUUUGGACAUGGAAGCUGACCAAGGAGAUGAUUAUACGCACCUUCCAGAUCAUGGGAUAUUCUUUCGGGAUGAGGUGUACAGCAGGAGAAGUACCUUAUCACAAGACCUUAACCGGCAAGGUGCUGUUGUUCUUCAAGGAAGAAACAUCGUCGAAGUUGAUGAGAGUGGUGUUCAGGAGGGAUUUGGUAGGAUUGCUCGGACGACUGAGAUGGAGGAUCUUCAAGAACCUCACCAUCUUCAUGUUGCUCAAUUAUUAUGCAUGAAGGAUCCUGGAGACUACUUUGACACUCAACAAGCUAAUAAUGCAGUUAAAACUGAGGAAGCAUACGGCUCCUUGAGGCAGUCUAUAUCUAAAAUCAAGAGCAUUGGAUUGGGAAAUUCCACAGUUGCACCAGAAAUUGCUCUUACGAUUUUUAAUGCAACAUCAUUUUAGUGUUGAUUACCUUGUCCAUUCCUUUUCUGUCAAUAAGGUGUGUUUUCCAACAAAAAAGAAAUAAAAAUCCAUCUUUAUCUUA